UGCUCAGGCCCACUCUUCUUUUGGACUUCCGUGCGUCAUAUUGGAUCCCUACCGACCCUUCCUUGGCUUCACGACCAAGUGGGAAAAGGAUUCGCAAGAUGCCCAUGGCUGUAGAACCAUGCUGGCAUGCAUGAGCUCCAGUUUUCCCUUCAUUGCAGGGCCAUAGCUCCUGAGGCCGAGCUGUUACGAACGCCUGACUGCCUAUUCGCUGUCCGUAAAUACUGCUUCCCCGGUUGCCUUCUUCUUUUUUAUCUGUCGUGCAUGUGGCUUUACCCUUUGGACACACUACCACAGAGUCAGCAACCAUGGGCGCCCUUUCUAUCGGAAGCCUAAUCUUCGCCGGCGUUGGUUAUGUUGUCCUCCGCGUUCUCUAUCAGAUUGUCUACUAUCGUUUCCUCCACCCUCUUGCCAAGUUCCCCGGUCCCUUCUGGGCCAGCGUAACCAGACUAUGGGUUGCCUACCACAACCUCAAGGAGGAUGAGUGCCAGGUGGAGCUGGAGCUGCACAAGAAAUAUGGCCCCGUCGUCCGCAUCACUCCCACUCUUCUCCUCGUCAGCGAUUCCAAGAAGCUCCCCGAAAUCUACAACCGCCAGGCCGACAAGUCGCAGCACUACAUCACCGGCAGCUUCGGCAACGUCGAGUCUCUGUUCAACAUGCAGAACCACAAGGUCCACGCGCAUUUCCGGAAGAUUGCCGCGGCGCCGUACAGCUUCAGCAACAUCAAGAAGAUGGAGCCGCUGAUCGACGCGCGCAUGCGCGACUGGGUUAACAGGAUCGACGGCCUCUUUGCGAAGACGGGCGAGAAGUUCGACUUUGCGCCCUGGGCUAUCUACAUGGCGUACGACAUCAUUUCCGAGGUUGGCUUCGGCGCGCCGUUCGGCUUCAUCGAGCAGGGCAAGGACGUCGAGGGCCUGAUCCAGGGCUUCCACGAUGGUCUCGUUCCCUUUGGUCUUAUGGCGCGCCUGUACCCCUUCACCAACUGGGUCAAGAGCACUUGGUUUGGCGACAAGUACCUCGUCGCGCGCCCCGAGCAGGAGUCUGGCAUUGGCACGUUGAUGCGCUUCCGCGACAAGCUCAUUGCGCAGCGCGAGAAAGACAUUGCGGACGGCAACACCAACGGCCGGAUUGAUCUCCUGCAAACGUUCCUCGAAGCUCGUGACGACGACGGCAAGCCCCUUGACCCCGAGUACAUCAAGGCCGAGAUCCUGCUGGUUCUGCUCGCAGGCGCCGACACCACCGGCACCGCUUUCCAGGCCUUCAUGCUGCACAUCAUGGCCAACCCCGACGUGUACGACAAGCUGAUGGACGAGCUGGACACGGCCACCCGCGCCGGCCACCUCUCCGAGAUGCCGCAGUACAUGGAAGUCAUCGAGCACUGCCCCUACUACGUGGCGUGCCUGAAGGAGUCGACGCGGCUGAACCCGUCGGCGCCCAACAUCUUCCCCCGCCUCGUCAACAAGGGCGGCAUGGAGCUGUACGGCAAGUACGUGCCCGAGGGCAUGGAGGUGACGUGCAACCCGUGGCUGGUGCACCGCGACACGGCCAUCUACGGCGCCGACGCCGAGGUGUUCCGGCCGGAGCGCUGGCUCGAGAGCGAGGAGAAGGCCAAGGAGUACACCAAGUACAACAUGGCGUUUGGCUACGGCGCGCGUGUCUGUCUCGGCCGCGAAAUCGCAAACAUGGAGCUCUACAAGGCCCCGCUGCAGUUCUUCCGCACCUUCAAGCCCACUAUCCUCAACAAGCAGGAGCCCGGCAAGUACCUCGUCAAGGGCGGCGUGUCGUACUUUACCGACAUGUGGAUUACCCUUGACCGGCGGGCGCCUGUUGUGUAGCUACGUUCUUGGUUUCGCCCGUGUUUUUGUCUUCUCCUUCUCGUUUAGUUAUUUCUGGCUGCAAGGCUUUGUGUUUUUUGUACAGCGAAUACCGGAUUUAGUUUUGCUUUUUCGUAUGUAGUGCAAUCAACACUCUUGAUGCAUCUCCAAGGUACGGAGUAGGUACACGAUCCUUGCCUCCUGCACCGGCAUCGCG